GCCGGAAGCGGAACCCGCCCGCGCCCAGCGUCAACCGGCGCCUCAGCUCACGUGUCCAGGCGGAAACCGGGCACCACUCGGCCGUUCCGGCCUGGGGCGCUCGGGAUGGGGAGCGCGGGGCCGGUGGAUUGUCACUGCCACCUCGCGGCGCCGGACUUUGAGCGGGAUAUUGAGGAUGUAUUGGAAGAAGCAAAGAAGGCUAAAGUUUUGGCCCUUGUGGCAGUUGCUGAACACUCAGGAGAAUUUGAAAAAAUUAUCCAGCUUUCGGAAAGGUACCCAGGGUUUGUCUUGCCAUGUCUGGGAGUUCAUCCAGUUCAAGGUAUUCCACCAGAGGAACAAUGCAGUGUUACUUUAAAGGACCUGGAUGCUGCAUUGCCUCUUAUAGAACUCUAUAAAGAUAGAUUGUUGGCAAUCGGAGAGGUUGGACUAGAUUUCACUCCCAGAUUUGCCAGCACUGAUGAACAGAAGCAAGAGCAAAGACAAGUCUUGACCAAACAGAUUCAAUUAGCGAAAAGACUGGAUUUGCCUUUAAACGUCCAUUCUCGUUCAGCUGGAAGACCAACCAUUAGCCUCCUAAAAGAACAAGGUGCUGAAAGGGUAUUGCUCCAUGCAUUUGAUGGGAGGCCAUCUGUGGCGAUGGAAGGAGUGAAAGCUGGAUAUUUCUUCUCCAUUCCUCCUUCCAUUAUAAGAAGUGAACAGAAGCAGAAGCUUGUGAAACAGUUGCCCUUAGAAUGUAUGUGCUUAGAAACCGAUUCUCCUGCACUAGGUCCUGAAAAACAGGUGAGAAAUGAACCAAAGAAUAUUUUCAUUGCUGCAGAGUAUAUUGCCAAAAUUAAAGGAAUCCCAGUGGAAGAAGUUAUAGAAGUGACGACGCAGAAUGCACUUAAACUGUUUCCCAAACUUCAGAAAUUUCUCUGGAAAUAGACCCAGAAAUGUUUAAAAUUUGCAAUUACAUUAUAUCCCAACAGCUAACGUGUGCAAUAAAAAAAUCCAUCUUGUCCUAACUGCAGGAUUUUAUUAUCAAAUAAUUCAGCAAAUAUACAUGCUUUUUAAAUGAAA